AUAGGCAGCUUUCUUAAAGUUAUGGUUCUUUGAAAAUAGAGGGAGCCAAUGAAAGUAAAAGAAGCUGCAAUUUUUUGCUUUGUAAUACGGCUAUGGAAGGUUCAUAACAAAUAUAARAAGUACUGCAUUGGCCAGGGAACUCACACUGAGUCGGAUCGUGUUUCUUGUAGAGUUUCUUUUYGGUUUAGCGAUCUGACUUACAAUGCUUGGAUAUAUUUAAAGCUUUAUUUGGAGUAUUAGUACUUAGAAAACAUGGCAUCUUUUCUACUCAGAGCUGUUGUUAACUCAGGUUGGAAUGACACCGUGCCCAGGGAAGUAGAGUCUGGAGAAUGCACAGUUACAUGUGGGAUUGGGAUUCGAGAAGUUCUGUUAACGAGAGGAUGCCCUGGCACUGAGAAGAAAUGUGUUGUCCGUGUGGAGGAGUGCCGGGGGCAAGUAGACUGCGGAUGGGGAGAACCAGUUUCUGACAGCUCUGGCAGUGUGAAGAUGCCUUGUAUUUUUAUACCUCCAGAAAAUCGAUUUAAGUAUGUUUGGAAGAUUUUAACUCCAGACCAGCCAGCAGUCAUUCUUCCCAAUGAUUCAGCUAUUUUGGAAGUACGCAGAGAUACCCGCCCAGUUACUUUCCAGUGUGAUACUCAAGAAAGGGGAAUUGCAAUUGCCUCUAUAAAAUACACAGUCUACACUACACCUGGACAGGAAAAAAGAUCACCAAGGAAGACAAGGGCAUAUAUAGUUCUGAUCUUUUCCCUGGUAACUGGAAUCGUUGUGGUUAUUGGUGUGAUCUUUGUAUUAAUCUUCAUAAUUCUUCACCGGGCUUCUUUAAAAAAUAUUUGGGAAUCAAAACUUGGAAAAGACAGCAAAGACAAACAGGUAGCCAAAAAGGAUUCACCAAGAAAGAUGGAAGAAACAGCCCGCUCCUCAGAGUCCGGAUCAACUUUGAAAGGAACCUCUGCACCUGGAGCAUCAGCUACAGCUACAGCGUUACCACCAUCUGAAACAAAAUCAGCACAAGAAGUAGCACAGCCUUCACCCACAGAGAAUGCAGUAGAGGAACCCACUCAGGACUUGCAGGAUGAAGAAAGUUAGAAAAAAAAAAAAAACAAAAAAGACUGAGUUACAUAGACACAUGAUAUAAGAAAAAGAUUAAAUAUGCUUGAGAUGCUGGUUUUAAGAAGUGCUUUUUAUAGUUCAUUCACUGACUUGGAUUGCUGAACUUUAAAUGAGAUGGGUAAAAAUACUUACCUUUUAAGGUGGACCUCACUUUCCAGGUAAUUUCAUGGUCUGGGGACUUCUGAAAUGUAAUAUCAGAGUCAGAUAUUUGGGAGAAUCUUGAAAAUGAUGCAUUUAUUUCUCCACGUUGGUGAUUUCAUCUAGUUUAGGCAAAGACCAUCCCUUGUAAAGUGCCCCUUAGCUCAUUGUUGAUCUUAAAACACAACAGCCAGUAUGUAAUCCCUAUGAUCCAGGGUCUUCUUGACACCUGGAAGGAUAUAUAAUGAUACAAAAGAUUCUGAAAGUUGUUUUAUAGGUUUCAUUGAAUUUGUACUUGUGCAUUUACACAUGUAACCAUUUUUACCAAUAAAGGGACCAAAAUAGGUGAGCGGAAGAGCAGCCCCUUUGGGUCACACCAAAGGCUCAUUGGUAUAAAUGACCAAAAAAAGAUGUCUAGGGAAGAGUGCAAGAACACAAGUUUGCAUUAUGUACUCUACGUACCCCAUGUACUCUUCUAGACUCCAGCCAUUUGUAUAUUUUUAAGUGGAUUGCAAUUUCCAAGUGAUGAGCAAUCUUGAAUGGGCUUUUUUUCCCAUUAAUUGUUUGGUGUCCUCUUGCAUCCAUAUAAACUUCUGUCACAAUCUAUGACAAGAAGUUCCACAGCACAACUAGGUUUGUUCUCUGUUUUGAACUCAUUACUCGUUAGUUUGAUUUGUCACGCAGCGAACYACCACUUCCCAUCAGCUUUUUUCUGCCACUGAUGGUAUCUUAGGUGCCUGUUAUGUUCCUCCAGUUAUUUCCUUUCUAGACCAAAACCUGCAAGUUUACUUAGAGCUCUUCAUUCACAGGUUGUUUCCAUACCAGUCUUGCUCACCUCUAAACUUCCUCCGUAAUGUGUUUACUCUGUUUCUGAAGAUGCUUUCUAUU